AUUUAUAUUUGUAAUUGUAUAUACGUAAAUCAUACAUAUGUUUGCCUUUUAAAUGUAUGUGACAUUAGAAAAAUCAUGAGAAUUAGGAAGAUCACCGAACAAAGAGUGUACAUAAAUACACUUUCGUCUGGCGGCUACACACGCGUUUGUUUAAGCCAUUAUGCCAAGCAACGCAAGAUAAAUUUAUAUAGGAACUGAAAUCGCCCUGCAUAAGAACCAAUUGACUUGAGUUUUUUUUGUAUUGGAUAAAACUUGAAUGCAAGUUGUGAUCCAAUGAGCACGCACUGUAGUAAAAUUUUAUAAUUAUUUUUAUAUGUUAGAACAAAUUUUUUCUAUCCCUAGCUGACAGAUAAGUUCGGCCGAUACCUUCAUUUUUUUUCUUAUCGAGUGCAUGUCAUACAUUUUUAUAAAACAUUAAAAAACUACAUUCGAAGGCAAGCGUAAAUAGUAAAGAAAUGCAGAGAAAAUGACGAUAACACAUGCUAAAGCUUGUAAUUAAUUAAGAACUAUUGACAAUUUGCGUUGAGAAAACUAAAAUAAAAAAAAUAUCAGUCAGGUAUAUCAUGUUAGUUAAUUUGUUAAUAAUUUGUUUAUUUAUGAAACUGUAUGUUAGAUGAAUAAGAAAAAUUAAAAUAACUAACGACAUACGAAUCUUGUAUCUUUGUGUAGUACAAUAACAAAUUUAAACAGAUUUAAUAUCUAAUAUCCACAUAAAUAAAGUCUAUUUGGAUAAUUAUUCUGUGUUUUCCUUUCCAUCUCUUAUAUUACCGCCGUUUAUGAUGAUAGGGAACACACACAAAAAAAAAAAAACAAAUAUAAAUACUUUUCACAAUGCUUUUAUUACGCGGAACAUGAGUGUUACCAUGGAGUUAAAAACACUCUCCAAACAGUUUGGUUUAUUUAUCCACAUGUCAAUUUAUUGUGGAUAUGGUAAAGUACUGUUACCUUACUUGAGCUACUGAAAAUAUAAAUUGUUAUAAAUCUGUAUUUGUUAAAUAGACUGGUGUAUACGUGGAUAUUUAAAAUGGAAAAAACUCGGUGUGUGGACAAAAUCACAGGGGGUCCUGUGCAGGAUAACGGAAGAAUUCUAAGUACGGACAAUAAAGCUAUUAUGUGGCCGAGUGAACGCAUUGCCCAAGGAGGAAUGUUUCACAGUCCUAAAAUAGAGUACAGCAAAGAAACUGCGGAUUUAUUGAAAGCACUUAUGGCUGAGUCUAAAAUGUCAAUGUUGAUGCGGAAAAAGAUCAACUAUCACUUACGAAAUGGAGAGCCAUUGCCAAAACCUGAGCCUCCACCUAUAAACACAAAAGAUCCAGAAGCUGGUGCGCUUGAUAUUCUGCAACGUGCUCAUCUUGCUAAACGAAAGAGCCUUGAACAGAUUUUAGCUAGUGACGCCUACAAGCUACCCUCUUACCGUCCGAGGCCAACGAAUAGGAUGCCAACAGAAAAAGAGAAGAAACUACUGCAAGAGGCCAUGUCAGGUAUGCGCCUUGCAGAAACGUCGCUGAAGGCAAAACGCAAGCCACGAGUCAGAACGGACUCCCACGCCACAGAAGAAAAUAUAAUUGAUGAACUUUUAGAUCAGAUUAAUGAACGCGCAAACUGGUUGGCUGAAAUGGAAGAAUUAGGUGAAGGCAAGCGCUUCAGGAAUGAGGUUCGUGAGCAAAUAGCUGAACGACUUCGCCAUAUAAAGGCGCUCGAAACGAAAAUUCAAAUUAAAAAGAGUGGUAUUCGGUUCGUGGAGUAAAGGUGCAAAUAUUCAUUUUGUACACAAAAUUAAUAUAUUAAAUGAAUACAAAUUAACAGUGCCAGCUUUUAACUUAGUAUUAAAGCGCAAGGCUAACUUGUGCAGUAAAACUUGGUUGGAAGCUCACACAGUUUCAUCCAAUAAUUGCCAGUAACUUACUUUAUGUCAAAAUUGAUCUAAAUAGUACAUAUAUUUUCACAUACACAUAACUAUAGUCAGCACUUUAAAAGCACAUUUCAUUAGUUGACACUAUAUCCUUUUCAUAUUUAAAUUUACCAAGAUGUAAGAUUAUCGAGAAAACGUUUGUCCAAUUAUACAUAUUGCUAAACAUUAAGAAAUUUAUUGGAAAUUUAUGUUUGCUGUUGAGCAACACAAAAAUAGUCAUACAUAGUAAAUGUGAAUCGCUAAAAUA